AUGGCAAUGGAAGAACCACACACCGGGGUUAUCGGCCUUGAAGCGCACAACGAAGUAACCCUGGGGCGGGAGCACAAAGGUAUCUCUCCGGGGCGGGUACUCCGGGAACGCGGUGUGGUUCGAGGCAUUAUAGGUGAUCGGAUCACCGUCGGCGUAGUCAUAGAAAUGAGGUCCAUACGGCGGGUACCGAUCGAUCAUCUGGAAGGCAUGACCGUGAAGAUGGAAUGGGUGGGUACCGGUGUCGCCGUUGUUGAGGAUGAUCUCGACGAUUUGGUCCCUCUCCAGCACGACGGAGUGCGUGUAGUCGCCGUAGACAGUGGCGUCUGUGGCCUGGUCACCCGCGGACAUGACGGUGUACAAGGCGGGGACUUUGGGAGCGGUGUAGGAGAUGUCGUUGAGGAAGGCGUAGUCGGCGCCGUCGUCGAGGUUUUGCAUGGUGACAGUGAGGUCGAGGGAGACGUCAGGGUUCUCGAGAAGGGGCAUUCUGUCAUGGGGGACAAGGGCCAUGUCGUCGUAGGGGUUGAGAUCUGA